CACGCGCAGCUCUCUUAACUCCUGGAACGUACCCAUCAUCACAUGAUUUUGACUCAAACGUCGACACAGUCAGGUGAUAAAAGUCUGUUGUUGUUGAUUUCAAGUCAAAUUGCCCAGUCAUUGUGCUUGCUGGUCGGGUUGUAGCUAAAGUUAUUCUGCAGCUUUAAAAUGAAGGUUUUGUACCUAUGUCUUUUCGCGGCACUUGCUUUGGCAUCUGAUGCACUCGUCCGGUAAGUAAAGACAAGUCAUAGUAGCCGUGCUAGCAGUAGUUUGUUAGCUAGAAAAGCAAUGCUCUUCAAACACUUGAGCUACCAGUUACGCCCUCAGUCAACUAGCUAGCAUAGUAUUACGAAAUGGAUAGCCCUAGCUAGGUUUGUGACUGUUUACUUUUCUGAAUGAAUAGUGAAGACGACCUGGGGCUACAAAGUGACGUUAGCUAGCUAAAUGUUAUCAAGUCGCACUCUAGCAAGGUGUUUGUUUUUCCAUUAGCUAGUGCUCCGUUUCUUGCCCAGUGACAAGCAAACAUGUGACAAUGUGAAAAUAGAAAUUACAGCGAAGGUCAAUAUCCCAAACACGACUUAAGGCCGGUGUACAGACCGUCUAUCGACAUGUGUAGACAAUUGUCGUAGCGAGAUCAUGAACAUUAUAUUGUCGUCGGACAUCAAACUUGUCCUAUGUCUGCAUGACAUCAGCAGCCUCGUGCUCAACAUUAAAUACUUUCUCUAUUUUAACAAAAAUAAACCCAUCCAAUUAAUUAUAUGGCAACCUAUUAAGCCAGGCAACUAAAAGCUAUUUUCUAAACAAUGUUUUGGUUCGUUGCUAGCUAGCUAAUUAGCUAGCUGGCUGGCUAGCCAGUUCAAAUAAACGUUAAUGACCAUAGUAUAGCUGACGUCUUAACUUUUAGCUACUUUUUAUUCAUUAUUACAGGAAAAUAAACCCACACAACGUUAUUUACAAGGUAAUGGUGAACUUAUAGAAAAUAGUGUGACGAAAUAAAAGUAGGUCAUUCUAUCGGAUAAUUGUAGAACUUCCUGCAUCAUCUUGUCACAGUAAGAUUUGGUCUGGUUGCUGUGGCAGUCCGGAAACCACGACAACGGACGUUGCGACAGUCGCAGAUAACUUUCUUCACGUCUGUGCGACAAGGAAACUCAGUCGCAGCGAUGGUGUGCAGACAUGCCACCGAAUUAUUAUUAUUAUACAUUAAAUGUCGUUCUACAGACAUGUCAUUAGACCAAGGAUAAACUGGCCUUAACCUGUGUUGAUAACACCCAUCUGCUUCAUCAAUUCAACUGUGAACUUCCUAUGUAAUCUUGUCAUGUUAUCAUUGAUUCGUGUGUGCCUCAUUGAUUGUUCAAGCUCCCCAUUCGGCAAUGUCCUUGUAGAACAGAUAUUACACAUAGCAAGGUUGCCACAGGCAGCACUUGUUCUAGCUAGCAAAGGAUGUGGCCACCAGUACUCUUCACUGUGUCUCCUGUCUAUUGUCUGAGAGCAGGAGACCUGUAACUAGUCAGACGUUGUUUCCCCAGAAAGAACUAGGUUGAGUAAAUACUAGACAGGGCUCACCAGUAGGCCUGCUGAGAUUCUGCUUGACCUACCAACUGUUCUGGGCUGGCUAACCAUUUUCAAAGGAGUUCUCUGAUAGAUUCUCUCUCGCUAUGUCUCCCUCUCUUUCCCUCCCCCUAUAUCUAUCUCUCUCCCCCUCUCUCUCUCCCCUCUCGUUCUCUCCCACAGAAUUCCGUUGAGGAAGUUCCGUUCCAUCAGGCGUACCCUGACUGACUCAGGGAGGGCAGCAGAAGAGCUGUUGGCUGGGAAGGAACACACUAAGUACAGCAACCUGGGCUUCCCCUCCUCCAGCAAUGGACCCACUCCAGAAACCCUGAAGAACUUUAUGGACGUAAGACGAUCCUCUAGUCACUACUAACCAGGGACCCUGGUAGUGGAGUAGUUUGCCCUUGGUUGCGUCCCUAGAUGGCACCCUAUUCCCUACAUAGUGCACUACUUUUGAUCAGAGCCCUACUGUGGGCCCUGGUCAAAAGUAUUGCACUUUAAUAGGAAAUAGGGUGCCAUUUGGGACAAAGACAACCUGUGACCUGUGUCAAUGGAGUGGUCACACUUCACUUCGCUAAUGCAAUUUAGCACAAGCUAAAAGCCAGGCAGGCCAGGAGAAAACCAACAAAGAAUCCCUUGUCGCCAGUCCGGCCGUUCCGGCUAGUCCUCCUAGCUAGCUGAAUUAGAAUUAGUAGCGUUACAAGGCAAGCCCGCCCACUCCCCCUCCCUAUCCUGAAGGGAAGAUGGAAAAUUUCACAUUUCCCAUCAAAGUUGGGUGAUCAGAUCUUCAGUUUCUAUGUGUGAUGGAAAAAUAACAUUUGUCAUAUGCCGGGUAACUCAGCUUCCCAUCGGUGUUGGGUCUAGUGACGGGAUCUUUUUCUCUGUGUGACUGAACAGGAACUAGGAAUAGUUGGUCAUGUGACUGAGAGCAAGGAAGGCCUGAUCUUCUAAGCUCCCUGAGGUUGAUCAGCUGACAGUUUGUAGACCUUCUGUACGAUUAUCCAGGGCAAAGAGCCAUGCGUUGUUUAUGUAGUUUAAUCUGAACUCCAGAAAAGAGACAGAGGGCCUUGUACACUCAGUGGGCAUUUACAUUUUUUUUAGGUCACAAUCUAGUACCGGGGUCAGACCCCCCUUUUGCAUCCAGAACAGACUGAAUUCUUCGGGGCAUAGAAUGUUGCUCAACUGGUGUCAAGGGACCUAACGUCUGGCAGGAAAAUUCCCCACACCAUUACACCACCGCCAGCAGCCUGUACUGUUGACACCAGGCAGGAUGAGGCCAUGAACUCACGCUGCUUACACCAAAUCAUGAUGUUGCAUGACGCAACAGGAACCGAGAUUUGUCUAACCAAGUGACGUUUCUCCACUCCUCAAUUGUCCAGUGUUGGUGAUUGCGUGCCCACUGGAGCCGCUUCCUGUUUUUAGCUGAUAGGAGUGGAACCCGGUGUGGUCGUCUGCUGGUCCUGGAGAGCCGCAGGCACUUCAUGUUUUUGGUUUAACCGACCUGGAAGACCAGGUGUGUUGAAUUUAGUCAAUCUGUGAACUAAUCGAUUAUCUCAGUUGGUCAGGUGUGGUGCCUAGUUGGAACAAUAUCCUGCAGUACCUGUGGCACUCCAGGAACAGGGUUGCCUACCCCGGCCCUAGACACUGUCGUGCGUGAAAAGCCCAGGAACAGGGUUGCCUACCCCGGCCCUAGACACUGUCGUGCGUGAAAAGCCCAGGAACAGGGUUGCCUACCCCGGCCCUAGACACUGUCGUGCGUGAAAAGCCCAGGAGGCCAACAGUUUCUGAGCUACUGGAAUCGGCGCCUGGCACUGACUCUUACAACGCUCAGUCGCUUAGGUCACUCAUUUUGCCCAUUCUAACGUUCAAUCGAACAGUAACUGAAUGCCUGUCUGCCUGCUUUAUAAAGCAAGCCACGUGACUCACUGUCUGUAGGAGUGAACCAUAUUUUUGUGAACGGGGUGGUGUACCUAAUAAACUGGCCACUGAGUGUAUGUGUUCAUGAUAUCAAUUCCCCAGCAUUGGAUAAACAUUGAGUAGCCUACACAGUAGUGUACAGCAGUCCUUCUGGUUUCUGAGUGUUUUCUCCGGGACUCUGAUAGUUCCUUCCACCGAGCUGAGGGACGCGCGCACACACACAAAACUGUUGUGGUUUCCUAGACUCUGACAGGAAGUGAGUUGAGAUAUGUAGAUUCCUCAAGCAUUUUACCUAAUAUCUACCAUAUAAAAUGUAAUGCAAUUCCUUUUUAUGAAGCUUGAAAAGUUGGCACUGUGAAUAAAUAGUUUUAACCAUGGAAUGGUUUCAGCCACUUCAUAAUAACUUGCAGAGUAAUUGAACUUUCACGUCAAACCACUUUAGAUAUCAACCAACCACAAUACAACCACAGUGAAUUGAAUUCAAACCAUUGUCCCUUCAAUAGUCGGCUCAUUAACAAGAUAAAGGUUGUGUCCAAAAUGGUACCCUAUUCCCCACAGGGCUCUGGUCAAAAGUAGUGCACUAUAUGGGGACUACGUGCCAUUUGGUACGCACCCUAAGAUUGCUAAUCUAAUCACAAUGAACUGGUCAACCAGUCCCAGGAGACUGAAUUGACUUAAGAGGUUCAUUUGCUAUGAAUACUAGAAUGGAGAGUCCUAGGAAAAAGGAAGUUGAGUCACGUGUUGAAAAUGUUGAGUAAUCGUUCAUUCUCUGCUUGCAACAGAAGGUUAGCUGACUGUUUACAGCGUGACUAGGAGAAGAGAAAUCACUGACCUAUUGGAUUGACAGAAGAGGUAAAGUGCUAGAUUUGACUUCUAGAAAGAGGGAAGUUGACUCCUCGUUAAACUGUGUAAUUAUUAUUAUUAUUAGCAGAGUAACGCGCUUGGAUCAGAAGGUUAGCUGACUUGUUUGUUCAACAGCGUGACAAUGAGAAGAGGUCACUCUGACCUAUUUACUUCAGACAAACCGUUUCUGACACCGGCAGAGCCAACUUCUAUCAGUCGUGGAAAGACUGAACUAAUCACAUGACCUGCGUGAACAGACACGUUUAGGUAGAUCUUGCUAGAUCUGUUCAGGCCAGCUCACAACCUGUUGGAAGGGAUUGCCUUCACUGUAUCCCUACACCGGGACGUUAGCAAAGCAUAGGGAUCUUGUUCUUCUGAGUGAAUAGGCAUAUCAAGAACCAGCAGAAACUGGGCCUCCGUCCUCGACCAGUUUGGGGUACACUGUAAUUACCCUACUACCUGCUUUCUAGUCUGGGAGCAGUGUGCUUGAUGGAGUCCUUGAAACUAGCCCACACAGUUAUUUUUGUUGUUUUUUUAUUUCAUGCAGCCGUGUGUGUUUUGUUUCACAGGCUCAGUACUAUGGUGAGAUCGGCCUGGGGACUCCCGUCCAGACGUUCACUGUGGUGUUUGAUACAGGCUCCUCCAACUUGUGGGUUCCUUCAAUCCACUGCUCUUUCACAGACAUCGCCUGCUGUAAGUCUACGCUGCGCUGCCUCAAUCCCAUAUUUAUUGAUGCACUUGUCAAGUCCUCUCAGAUCUCUACAAGUGCAUAGGGGGGUCUAGGGUUGCAUUUGGGAAUGGGCCAUUGACUCAUACACACAUGACCGGUGCUAGUAGGACCGGCUCACUUCCAGAAAUCCAAUUCUAGGUUUAAUCUGUUUCUAAGAAUCCUCUCUGUUUUAUUGUUUAUUUGUUUAUACUUUCUGCCAAAUGCCUCAUUAGUUGGAUUAGUUGAGCGCUUCAAUGUGUUUUCUUCUAGGUUAUAUAACCAUUUAAUAUUGGCCAUUUUGACAGAUUAAAGUGAUACUUCCCUUCUGUCUGUCUGUCAGUGCUUCACCACAAGUAUAACGGUGCCAAGUCCAGCACGUAUGUGAAGAAUGGAACCGCCUUCGCCAUCCAGUAUGGGUCUGGCAGUCUGUCUGGGUACCUCAGCCAAGACACAUGCACGGUAGGCACAAGGUUACACUGUUGUAAAAUAGGCCUAGCAUCUGAAAAGGCGCUGGAUAAUUCAAGUCCGUUGUCUCUAUUGUACUAUUCUCCAAAGCAAUGCCUUUAAGGCAGUUUUUUUUGUGUGUUAUUCUCAAUUAUUUUAAACACUGUGUUUCCACUUGUCUGCCUGAAAUUGUCAAAUAAAAUCAAUCUCUCUGUGUUAUGUGUCAGUUUGGAGACCUGACUGUCUAAUAGUCUUUUAAUGGAUGUGCUGCUUCACCUCUCUGGUAGAUUGGAGGACUGUCCAUAGAGAGGCAGGGCUUCGGUGAGGCCAUCAAGCAGCCUGGCGUAGCCUUCAUCGCUGCCAAGUUUGAUGGCAUCCUGGGCAUGGCCUACCCACGUAUUUCUGUGGACGGGGUCGCCCCACCGUUUGACAACAUCAUGAGCCAGAAGAAAGUAGAGCAGAAUGUGUUUUCCUUCUACCUCAACAGGUGAGACAGACAGGACUGCCUCAGGUAUUUCUGACACCAGAGUCCUUUUUUGGAGAUUUAGGACCAGUUUCCUGGACACAGAUUAAGCCUAGUCUUGAACUAAAAAGCCUGCUCAAUGGAGCACGUCUAUUGAAAUAGCUGUUUUGUCCAGUACUAGGUUUAAUCUGGAUCUAGGAAACCAAUCCUAAAAGUCUGUAUAGAAAAAUAGUCAAAUGACGUGUGUUUGGUCCUGUGUGUGUGUGUUAGGAACCCAGACUCUGAGCCCGGCGGUGAACUCCUACUGGGAGGAACUGACCCCAAGUACUACAGCGGAGACUUCCACUACCUCAACGUCAGCCGCCAGGCCUACUGGCAGGUCCACAUGGACGGGUGAGUGUUCAUCCUUUACCAUUCAUUUAUAUGCUGACACUUGUUUGUUCAAGUUAGUAACGAUCUGCUACAUUAGCCAUCCAUCUGUUGCUGGACACUGUUAUAAUAUUAUUAUUAUUAUUAUGUCUGAGGUCAGAUCUGUGGCAGACUUUUUGGAGGACUUUUUAAAGCACUGGAUUCCCUUCAGAAUCUCAAGAAACUUUACCCCACCUCUUGCUGUACACAUCAAACAGGAGCUUCUAUAAAAAUAAAAAAUAAAUAACCUUCUUCGAACUAGAAGCCUUCCAAGAGGAACCAAGGCUGGCCGAGGUAAAUGAAGAGAGAUUUUCACUGUUUGUAUCGGGCCUGCCAAAACUCAGUCAUGUGGAAGUGCCAAGGGACAAAGUCUUAACUGCAAUAAAGAAAGCGGAAGAUUUCUACAGGAUCAUCCAGGUCAGAAAUUGGUUGUGUAACGGAAACAUGGGCACAUGAGAACAUUCCAGAUGAGUCCCUAAACAUAGAGGGUGUUCAGAAAGGACACAUCUGUCUAAAUAUGAAAAGAAGAGGGGUGGCCAUGUAUGUGGAUAGUCUCCAGGUUAGGAGACGGGCGGACCUUGCAAGAGAUGAGUUUGAGUGUCUGGAUCCAGUUGCGGCUAAUGAGAAGAAGCUGCAGCAGGAAGCCAUUGACCUAUCUCAUUAACGCCAUCGACUCUGACGUUGAAGUCACCUGAAACGGGUAUUGUCUUAUGUGGGGAUUUCAAUAAUCUACCUUCCAAGGCCCUCAACUCUCACCCAGGCCUAAAACAGGUUGACGAAAACAAGACCAGUGGAGACUCCAUGAUUUGAUCUGAUCAUAACAAACAACAUUUUUAAAAAGGCUAGGAACGCUGUUCAGAGGCUCAUCCAAUGGACUACGAAAAACUACUAGACUAAAAUUUAAAUUCAAGCACUCAAAAAGAAGAAUCCGAAAGCGAUGUGGGACUUCAUCAGCAAAGAGCUUGGCCGAUCGAAAUCAUCUGGAGGUACGAUACAGAUUGAUGGUGUGGAAACUGACGAUGUUGCUGAGGUCCUGAACAUCUUCUUUGCUGAAGCAUGGACAGGAAAUGCAUCCCCCCCCCAUGGAUCUAGCUCCAGUGGUCACACACUUAGUUAACGCCUAUCAACUGGCUCUGUACCUUCAGUCUGGUAGACCGCUACCAUCUCUCCAUUCCUAAGGUCCUGGAGGGGGGGAAAAGUCAUUGGACACCAAUCUCUCUGACAUCUUGUCUGAGGAAAAGUCUCAUUGUGAAGAAGCUCAUGCCAGUUGCUCUUGAGGAAUGCAAAAAAAAAAAUAGUGCAUACUUGCCUAAACACAGAACGACACAUGCUCUGGUCAGAGCCACACACACCUGGCUUACAGAGGCAGACUCCUAAAGCAACCCACAAUGGUCCGGGUUCUGCUGGCGGACAUGUCAAGGCUUUUUUUUGAUUGUGUCGGCCAUGCUAAACUCCUUCAGCAUCUGACCGGUCUGUGUCCAAGGCUACUGACCUGGCUCCGCAGCUACACAACAGGGAGAACCGAGGGGUGAUUGCUAAUGGAAUGUACAGCUCAUGGACAGGGGUAACAUCUGGAGUCCCCCAGGGGUCUCUCCUUACCUCUUCCUGCUCCACAUGUCCACUCAGUGACUCCUCUUUGAGGACACACUGGCUACGCUGACGACGUUGGGCUGUCCCGUGCUUUUAAGGCUAGCAAACAUUGAAAAUGACACCUCCAAUAGAGGAGGCGAAGCAACUGGAGGAAUGGGAAGCAGACAACAUGUUUCUUAAUGGAAAGGCUGUCCAACUAAGAAUCUGCUUCUCCCAAAUUCCUCCCCAACCAGCUCCACUAAUCCUGGAUGGACUGGCUAUUCCAGUUAGAACCAGCUCCACUAAUCCUGGGUGGACUGGCUGUUCCAGUUGGAACCAGCUCCACUAAUCCUGGGUGGACUGGCUGUUCCAGUUGGAACCAGCUCCACUAAUCCUGGGUGGACUGGCUGUUCCAGUUGGAACCAGCUCCACUAAUCCUGGGUGGACUGGCUGUUCCAGUUGGAACCAGCUCCACUAAUCCUGGGUGGACUGGCUGUUCCAGUUGGAACCAGCUCCACUAAUCCUGGGUGGACUGGCUGUUCCAGUUGGAACCAGCUUUUUCUAUUUGAACAGGGAAGACAUUGAGACCCAGGUCUCUAUUUACAAACGCACCCUGUAUAUACACUGACUGUGAUGGCAAGAAACGGCCUUACCACUGACGUUGUGGCAUCCACACCACCCUGAUCCGACCGUGCCUGGAGUAUGCCAGUGUGUUGCUGUUGGGCUGCACAAAGAAGCAGUAAGCUACGCUGGACCGGGUACAGAAAAGGGCAAGCAAGAUGAUAACAAAAAAAACAGAGACCUCCCACUGACCCUUCCACCACUAACAGUCACGGAGAGAUCAAGCUGCAGUGUGAUGGAUCACUGACGUGAUGCACCACCCUGAUCUGCUACCACAGAGAAGAGGAGACUGUACUGGCAGAGUCCUCCAGAGCCAACUGUACAGCAUCAACGCAAGGACAAAUGGACUGAUUUUUGUUUACCAUAACCACUGCCAUCAGACAUAUUAAUGGCCAAAUGUGACUUUAAACUAAUUUCUUGUAAGCUAGGACGUUUUUUAAUUUAAUGUUUUGUCUUUUAUCUUGUUUUAAAGUAUUCUCUAGAUGGAACUGUGCAUUCUGCAAAAUUCAGUCUUGUCGACUGCGUGCAUGACUCAAUGCUGUUUUCACUAUGUAGGGAGGGAACUGUAAACUUAAAUAAUGAGUUAUUGGUUUGGUGUUUUGUAAAUCGAGAAGCCUGUGAAAAGGGAAUUUACUGCUCUGAGGACAAUGGAUCUAUUGUUACCUUCUGUAAGCAUGCAGCCCUCCUUCCACCAAGGGAGCUGUAUUUAAACGUGUGUGUGUGUGUGUACAGGUUGGGUGUGGGGAGCCAGCUGGGUCUGUGUAAGGGAGGCUGUGAGGCCAUCGUGGACACCGGCACGUCCCUCAUCACCGGCCCCACGGUGGAGGUCAAGGCCCUGCAGAAGGCCAUCGGAGCGAUCCCACUCAUCCAAGGAGAGGUAAGACGUAGGAUCAUCCCCACUCAGGAGACGUAAGGGAGAGGAGCCCCACCACUCAAUAUCUACUCGUUAUGUGAUCAAGAGGAGCGAUUCAUCUAAAGAACUCCUAGAUGGAAGAAAGUCCUUGCAAACCAAUCUCCUCCUCCUCUAGUUCAGCACUAUGGUCCCAGCUACAUUCCCCCUCCUCCUCCUCUAGUUCAGCACUAUGGGCCCAGCUACAUUCCUCCUCCUCCUCCUCCUCUAGUUCAGCACUAUGGGCCCAGCUACAUUCCUCCUCCUCCUCCUCUAGUUCAGCACUAUGGGCCCAGCUACAUUCCUCCUCCUCCUCCUCCUCCUCCUCCUCUAGUUCAGCACUAUGGGCCCAGCUACAUUCCUCCUCCUCCUCCUCCUCCUCCUCUAGUUCAGCACUAUGGGCCCAGCUACAUUCCUCCUCCUCCUCCUCUAGUUCAGCACUAUGGUCCCAGCUACAUUCCUCCUCCUCCUCCUCCUCUAGUUCAGCACUAUGGGCCCAGCUACAUUCCUCCUCCUCCUCCUCUAGUUCAGCACUAUGGGCCCAGCUACAUUCCUCCUCCUCCUCCUCCUCUAGUUCAGCACAAUGGGCCCAGCUACAUUCCUCCUCCUCCUCCUCCUCUACUUCAGCACUAUGGGCCCAGCUACAUUCCUCCUCCUCCUCUAGUUCAGCACUAUGGUCCCAGCUACAUUCCUCCUCCUCCUCCUCUAGUUCAGCACUAUGGACCCAGCUACAUUCCUCCUCCUCCUCCUCUAGUUCAGCACUAUGGGCCCAGCUACAUUCCUCCUCCUCCUCCUCCUCUAGUUCAGCACUAUGGGCCCAGCUACAUUCCUCCUCCUCCUCCUCCUCUAGUUCAGCACUAUGGGCCCAGCUACAUUCCUCCUCCUCCUCCUCCUCUAGUUCAGCACUAUGGGCCCAGCUACAUUCCUCCUCCUCCUCCUCUAGUUCAGCACUAUGGGCCCAGCUACAUUCCUCCUCCUCCUCCUCCUCUAGUUCAGCACUAUGGGCCCAGCUACAUUCCUCCUCCUCUAGUUCAGCACUAUGGGCCCAGCUACAUUCCUCCUCCUCCUCCUCCUCCUCUAGUUCAGCACUAUGGGCCCAGCUACAUUCCUCCUCCUCUAGUUCAGCACUAUGGGCCCAGCUACAUUCCUCCUCCUCCUCUCUAGUUCAGCACUAUGGGCCCAGCUACAUUCCUCCUCCUCCUCCUCCUCUAGUUCAGCACUAUGGCCCAGCUACAUUCCUCCUCCUCCUCCUCCUCUAGUUCAGCACUAUGGGCCCAGCUACAUUCCUCCUCCUCCUCCUCUAGUUUCAGCACUAUGGCCCAGCUACAUUCCUCCUCCUCCUCCUCUAGUUCAGCACUAUGGGCCCAGCUACAUUCCUCCUCCUUCCUCCUCCUCCUCCUCUAGUUCAGCACUAUGGGCCCAGCUACAUUCCUUCUCCUCCUCCUCCUCUAGUUCAGCACUAUGGGCCCAGCUACAUUCCCUCCUCCUCCUCCUCUAGUUCAGCACUAUGGCCCAGCUACAUUCCUCCUCCUCCUCCUCCUCUAGUUCAGCACUAUGGGCCAGCUACAUUCCUCCCCUCCUCCUCCUCUAGUUCAGCACUAUGGGCCCAGCUACAUUCCUCCUCCUCCUCCUCCUCUAGUUCAGCACAUGGGCCCACUACAUUCCUCCUCCUCCUCCUCUAUUCAGCACUAUGGGCCCAGCUACAUUCUCCUCCUCCUGCAGCACAUGCCCAGCUACUUCCUCCUCCUCCUCCUCUAGUUCAGCACUAUGGGCCCAGCUACAUUCCUCCUCCUCCUCCUAGUUCAGCACUAUGGGCCCAGCUACUCAUCCCUCCUCCUCCUCCUCUAGUUCAGCACUAUGGCCCAGCUACAUUCCUCUCCUCCUCCUCCUCUAGUUCCGCACUAUGGGCCCAGCUACAUUCCUCCUCCUCCUCCUCCUAGUUCAGCACUAUGGGCCCAGCUACAUUCCUCCUCCUCCCUCCUCUCAGUUCAGCACUAUGGGCCCAGCUACCAUUCCCCUCCUCCUCCUCCUCUAGUUCAGCACUAUGGGCCCAGCUACAUUCCUCCUCCUCCUCUAGUUCAGCACAUGGGGCCCAGCUACAUUCCUCCUCCUCCUCCUCUAGUUCAGCACUAUGGGCCCCAGCUACAUUCCUCCUCCUCCUCCUCUAGUUCAGCACUAUGGGCCCAGCUACAUUCCUCCCCUCCUCCUCCUCUAGUUCAGCACUAUGGGCCCAGCUACUUCCUCCCUCCUCCUCCUCUAGUUCAGCACUAUGGGCCCCAGCUACAUUCCUCCUCCUCCUCCUCUAGUUCAGCACUAUGGGCCCCAGCUACAUUCCUCCUCUCCUCCUCCUCUAGUUCAGCACUAUGGGCCCAGCUACAUUCCUCCUCCUCCUCCUCCCUAGUUCAGCACUAUGGGCCCAGCUACAUUCCUCCUCCUCCCCUCCUCUAGUUCAGCACUAUGGGCCCAGCUACAUUCCUCCUCCUCCUCCUCCUUUCAGAUUCAGCACUAUGGGCCCAGCUACAUUCCUCCCUCCUCCUCCUCUAGUUCAGCACUAUGGGCCCAGCUACAUUCCUCCUCCCCUCCUCUAGUUCAGCACUAUGGGCCCAGCUACAUUCCUUCCUCCUCCUCCUCUAGUUCAGCACUAUGGGCCCAGCUACAUUCCUCCUCCUCCUCCUCUAGUUCAGCACUAUGGGCCCAGCUACAUUCCUCCUCCUCCUCUAGUUCAGCACUAUGGGCCCAGCUACAUUCCUCCUCCUCCUCCUCCUCUAGUUCAGCACUAUGGGCCCAGCUACAUUCUCCUCCUCCUCCUCUAGUUCAGCACUAUGGGCCCAGCUCACUAUGUCCUCCUCCUCCUCCUCUAGUUCAGCACUAUGGCCACUACAUUCCUCCUCUCCUCCCCUACAGUUCAGCACAUAUGGCCCAGCUACGUCCUCCCCUCCUCCUCUUAGUUCGCAGACCUAUGGGCCCAGCUACAUUCCUCCUCCUCCUCCUCUAGUUCAAGCACAUGGGCCCAGCUACAUUCCUCCUCACUCCUCCUCUAGUUCAGCACUAUGGCCCAGUACAUCUCCUCCUCCUCUCUAGUUCAGCACUGGGCCCAGCUACAUUCUCUCCUCCUUCUCUAGUUCAAGCACUUGGCCCAGCUACAUUCUCCUCUCUCCCUAGUUCAGCACUAGGCCCAGCUACAUUCCCUCCUCCUCCUCUAGUUCAGCACUAUGGCCAGCUAAUUCCUCCCCUCCUCCUCUAUUUCCACUAUGGCCCAGCUACAUUCCUCCUCUCUCUGUUCAGCACAUGGGCCCAGUACAUUCCUCCUCUCCCCUAGUUCAGCACAUGGGCCCACUACAUUCCUCCUCCUCCCCUAGUUCAGCACUAUGGGCCAGCUACAUUCCUCUCUCCUCAUUUCAGCACUAUGGCCCCCUCAUCCCUCCUCUCCUCCUCUAGUUCGCACUAGGUCCCGCUAUCAGCAUUCCUCCUCCUCUCAAGCAUAUGGCCCAGCUACAUCCUCCUCUCUCCCUCUUUCAGCACUAUGGGCCAGUACAUUUCCCCUCCUCUAGUUCAGCACUAUGGGCCCAGCUACAGCUUAAUGAAGUCCUUUUGACCUGGCCCAUCCUAUUUCUUAGAGAACUGUACCCCACUUUAUGUCCUCACUACAAUAGCACCAUCACUGAGUGUUUCUGCUUGUGUUUCAGUACAUGGUGAACUGUGACAAGAUCCCCACCAUGCCUGUCAUCACAUUCAACCUGGGAGGACAGUCCUACAGUCUGACUGCAGAGCAGUACGUCCUCAAGGUGAGUCUCUCCUCUCGGUCUCUAUCUGGAGAUUCUACAUUGUUUUGCUAUAAGUAAGAUGGCCAGCAGCGAGCGAUGUAGAUGGCCAGCGAGGUAGAUGGCCGGCGAGCGAGCGAGGUAGAUGGCCAGCGAGGUAGAUGGCCGGCGAGCGAGCGAGGUAAAGUUAAGUCUAAUUCAACAACCAUAACAACAGUGUCCGCUCAGUCAGUCACUAUACCACACAAACAGGGUGAUCGCUUCCUGAACUAAACAUUCUCAGAACCAUGGGAGACAACAUGCAUUGAUUUGAAUGUUUGUCUCGGAAAUGAAUUCCGUUAUUUCAACUAUUAUUACUGUGUAAUAAUGGCCUACUGAACUUUCCUUACAAACCGUCCUCCUGUUGGCUACGAUGUUAGUAUCUCUGUCGUUUGGUCAUUACAUAUCAGGCCCUUGUUCAUUAGGGCACACCGUAGCAAAACAUUGUGCAACAGAAAACAAACAACAUUUGCAUUUCAGCAAUGAACCAGUGCAGAUAGUACCCGUCUGUUUCAAACUGUUUGGUGCUUACUGGACACGAUCUGGGCCCCGUGUGGGACUGUGUGCGUCUCUGUAUUCCUUCCCCCUUCUGCCCUGCGUCUGACUGUGCGUCUGUGUAUUUCUUCCCCCUCCCAGGAGACCCAGGCUGGUAAGACCAUCUGCCUGAGUGGCUUCAUGGGCCUGGACAUCCCCGCCCCCGCCGGGCCGCUGUGGAUCCUGGGAGAUGUAUUCAUUGGCCAAUACUACACUGUGUUCGACCGUGACAACAACCGGGUGGGCUUCGCUAAGUCCAAGUAGAACUACAACGGCCACGUCCCCAUUCUCCACUGUCCAUCUACCCUUCUCCUGAAGUGUACUUGUCAUGGAUUUGGAGAAUCGGGAAGCAGCCAAUGUUUUGGAACAAUGUUUUGCGGGUACAUUAAGUGGUUCUAGAUUUUACGAUUUUUAGACAGGCAAAAUCAAAGUGUGGGGAAAGACACUACUUGUGGCUUGGCUGCACAAGCUUUCCGUUGCUUUUAUGAAAUCUUUUUUAAAAAGUAGCAAUCGAUUUGUGUAGAGUUCAAAUGCACUGAUCUAAACAAGCAUUCAUUUCUGAACGAUUUGCUACGAGUGUGAAAGUAAAACGGAAACCGUGGUGAUGUUGGAGAAUGUACAGGAUCGGGAGUCAAAGAUGAUUAUCAGAACGGACCUUUUUGAGUUUUACCAUCUAUCUGAGUGAUCUGCUGUACGUGUUAAAUCAGGGACUUGUAUUUUAAAGCAACAGAACAAUGUAACAUUUUUAAUUUGCGUUUUAUGAGGCAAUGGACCUCCGUGUCAAUGACUUUAAGAUGUAUCUUCAAAUUAUUGGAUUCAAUAAAAUAAUUGUAAAAAGUGAA